UACUUUUUUAUACAAAUAAUCUGUAUCUUACCUGAAGUUAUGAUUGCUAGUUGUUGUCAAUAUGAUAUAGAGGAAUUCUAUGGGUCAAAUGAUUGUUAUUGAAUCAAGUUGGAACGCAUUGUAGAGGACAAAGCCGAUGGCGUCGAAGCUGAUAUUACCCACAGUUUACUGAAGUUUGUGAAAAUGUGAUUAGCAAAAAGGAUCAAUGCCAAGGGUAGUUUUUGCAUCAAGGCACUUCCAACAAUGGUUAUACGUCUUAUUUGAAUUUCUGCUGGUCUUACUACAUUCUCUUCUCUGCCUGCAUCUACGACUAUCAACAACAACGACAAUCGAAUACAAUUUCUUGAAAUGCACCCACAGGUUGGAAGAGCACUUCGUUUUAUUUUAUCUUAUAUAUGUAUAUUAUUUUACUCAUGAUUAUUAGUAUAUUAUUUCAAUAAAAUGCUGUAUAGCAAACUUUUUUAUUAUUCAAUCAUUCAA